UCCUCUCCUCCUUUUCUUUUACACCCAAACCCCUCCCAUGUGUAUUCUAGAGGCGCAUAAUCGACCCCUCGCUAGGGUCUGAUCCAAUCCCCACCUUUCAACUGUUUCCAACCGUCGCCGUAGGAUUCAUAUUCCGACGAUCUCCGCCCUCCGAUCUUCCUCGCACCAUGUGGAUCUCGUCCGCCCAUCGUUCGUUUCACUCUCGCUCCCUAGUUCACAGUCCGGUUCGUUUCGCUCCUAACCGUUGAAGAGUGAGCUCGGUUGCGAGUUUACGGUUUUGUUACUUUAAUUGAUUCCUGGAACUGAUUUCGGGCUUGUUUUUGGAGAUUUGAAGCUCACUCGGAGCUUCUGAGCUGAUCUUUUGUUACUUUGUUGAGGUUUUGUGUUUCGGACGGUGGUUUGGGGAGUUCUGGUGGCGAUGGAGGAUCGGAACGUGAUCAGAAUGAAUACCGGAAUGUCGGACGUGGUUCUCGGCUGCGUGAUGCCGUACAUCCACGACUCGAAGGACCGUGACGCUGCGUCGCUGGUGUGCCGGCAGUGGUAUGAGCUCGACGCGCAGACGCGGAAGCACGUGACGAUCGCGCUCUGCUACACGACGAGCCCCGAUCGGCUGCGCCGGAGGUUUCGGCACCUGGAGUCGCUGAAGCUGAAGGGAAAGCCCAGGGCCGCGAUGUUCAAUCUGAUACCGGAGGAUUGGGGAGGCUACGUCACGCCCUGGGUGAACGAGAUCGCCGAGUCGUUCAACUGCCUUAAGUCGCUUCACUUCCGGCGAAUGAUCGUCAGUGACUUGGAUCUGGAGCUUCUCGCUCGGUCCCGCGGGCGCGUGCUACACGCGCUCAAGCUCGACAAGUGCUCUGGCUUUUCCACCGAUGGCCUUUUACAUAUCGGUCGUUCCUGCAGGAAUUUAAGAACAUUGUUUUUGGAGGAGAGCACAAUUGUGGAGAAAGAUGGCGAAUGGCUACAUGAGCUUGCUUUGAACAAUACAGUUCUUGAAACUUUAAAUUUUUACAUGACUUAUCUUGAAAAAGUCAGAUUUGAAGACCUUGAACUCAUAGCCAGAAAUUGUCGCUCCUUAGUCUCUGUUAAAGUUAGUGAUUAUGAAAUCUUGGAACUCCAAGGUUUCUUUCGUGCUGCAACUGCUUUAGAAGAAUUUUGUGGGGGUUCUUUCAAUGAGCAACCACUCGGGUACUCAGUUGUAGCAUUACCCCCAAACUUAUGCCGUUUGGGUCUAUCAUACAUGGGGAAGAAUGAAAUGGCAGUUGUAUUCCCUUUUGCAUCCCUACUCAAAAAGUUGGAUCUCCUCUAUACACUGCUUGACACAGAUGACCAUUGUCUGUUAAUCCAGAGGUGCCCCAACUUAGAAGUUCUUGAGACGAGGAAUGUUAUUGGAGACAGAGGAUUAGAAGAUCUUGCUCGGAAUUGUAAGAAACUAAAGAGGCUUAGGAUUGAGCGAGGUGCUGAUGAGCAGGGAAUGGAUGAUGAAGGUGGUGUAGUUUCACAAAGAGGUUUAAUUGCUUUGGCUCAGGGCUGCCUAGAACUGGAAUACUUGGCUGUGUAUGUGUCUGAUAUAACAAAUACUUCUCUGGAAUGUAUUGGCACUAACUCAAAAAAACUCAAUGAUUUCCGCCUGGUCUUGCUUGACCAAGAAGAGAGGAUAACGGAUUUGCCACUUGACCAUGGAGUCCGAGCUCUUUUGAGGGGUUGUGAAAAGCUUAGAAGGUUUGCAUUGUAUCUCCGACCUGGGGCCUUGACUGAUGUGGGUCUUGGUUAUGUUGGGCAGUACAGCCAAAAUAUAAGAUGGAUGCUUCUGGGUUCUGUUGGGGAGUCUGAUGCCGGGCUUCUGGAAUUCUCUAGGGGCUGUCCCAGCUUACAAAAACUAGAAAUGAGGUGCUGCUGCUUCAGUGAGCGUGCACUGGCUGCUGCUGUGAUGCAACUGACUUCGCUGAGGUACUUAUGGGUGCAAGGAUAUAGAGCAUCUGGAAGUCGUGACCUUUUAGCAAUGGCUCGCCCAUUCUGGAAUAUUGAAUUGAUUCCUCCCAGACAAGUUGAGUUUGUUAAUCCGGUUGAGGAGAACGUAGUAGUCGAGCAUCCAGCCCAUAUACUUGCAUAUUACUCCCUUGCAGGACCAAGAACAGAUUUUCCAGAUACUGUUACCCCUCUGUAUCCAGAAGCCUUUGUUGCUGCGUAGAGCUGUAUAUAGCACCCCUUCUGCAAAGGAGGUCCUUUUCCUGUUGCGUCUUGUUCAUAAAUUCAGGUAGCUUUUCCCCAUUUGGUAAGAGGUUUUCAAUUUCAUUUCAUUUUUCUUUCCUAGUUCUAGACAUUAGUCCUGUAAUAAGUUUGGGGUUUUCUUAUGUAAUUUGGAAGCACUUGCGUCUUUGGUGCUGCCAUCUCUCUUCCCUGUUUGGGGAAGUUGGCCUGAACUCUUCAACCCUUUGGUCACUUGGUCUUAAUAUGCUGAGUCAAUCUUAUUGGAAAGUAUUGUUUCAUUGGGUGCAAUGUUGGGCCAUUUCAAGUUUGUGAAUAAAAAUGAAGAGUGAUUUGACUUGCCA